ACCCCUUUGACUAAAAUAACCCCCCCUCAACACCCAUUUCAUUUCACAUCCAAAGAAAGAAAAAAAAGAUUUUUUUUCAUUCAACCCAUGAUUGGUAUAUAACUAGAAAGGCUCAUUCCGAAAGAAAAAAUCUCUAACUUGGUUUCUCUUAUUUUUUUUUGUUAAUGUUAUUAUUAUGGCUGUGAGCGAUGGCAAUACGAUUGCGGUGAAGGAAGCAGCUUCUGCGGGGAUUCACAACGUAGAGAAACUCGUGAACAUGAUUUUGAAUCAACACAACGAGGGUGGUUCUGAAUUGGAGGCAGUUGCUGACGUGGCGGUGAACCGCUUCAGAGAGGUUAUUUCGCUGCUUGAGAAACCAAUUACCAGAACCACCGGUCACGCUCGUUUCCGAAGGGCCCCUACAACAGUGCCACCUGUCCCUGUUGUUCAGUUGCAGCAAAUGGUGGAUGAUGAUUCCAAACACAAACUGCAGAACAAAACAGAACAAAAACAAAAACAAAGUACCUCUGCUUUUAAGGUUUAUUGUCCCCCUCCUUCUCCUCCUCUGCCUCAAAAUCAAAAUCACCACCACCAACAACAACCUUUCAUUCUUCCUCUGCAUAAGAAUGAAGCAAAUGGUUCUACUACCAACUCCCAUUUUUCUACGUUAUCCGGGGACACUGAGAGUUUGCAACGGUCAUGUCUCUCUUCGGGGUUUCAAAUUUCUCACGUGUCAAUGCAAGGGGGUUCCUUUAAGCGUAAACCUCCACUUUCUACAAAUUCUGUGAAGAGGAAGUGCAAUUCAACGGGUUUUCCUGAUACCAAGUGUGGAUCGUCCUCUGUGCAGUGCCAUUGCUCCAAGAAAAGGAAAUUGAGGUUGAAGAAUGUGAUUAGAGUGCCGGCAAUUAGUUCCAAGACUGCUGAUAUUCCACCCGAUGAGUAUUCGUGGAGAAAAUAUGGACAGAAACCAAUAAAAGGUUCACCACACCCAAGAGGUUAUUACAAGUGCACCAGCGUGAGAGGCUGCCCAGCACGCAAACACGUGGAGCGUGCUGUGGACGAUUCCAACAUGCUCGUUGUCACCUACGAAGGAGAACAUAAUCACUCGCAAAUCGCUUCUGAGGUGGCAAAUGUUAUCCUUGAAUCAUCUUAGUCAACCUUAAGACUAGUGCAUGCCAAUGCUUUACUUCAUUUAUAUGAUUUCUUAAUUCUAUUGGUCUUUGUCUUUUUUUCUUUCUUUCUUGAAGUAUUUAUUUUAAAAUUCAUUGAAAUAUUAAAUUAAUUAGAUACAAGAGUAUUGGUUGGUCUUUGUAAGACUUAUUAUUAUAUAGAAAAUGUAAAGAAAUUAAACAGCAUAGAAGUGUUGAGUUCCGAUGAAGUUUGUUGUUGCAUGGA